AACACUGUCGUCAAUGUAAAAACCGUCACCUAGCAUUUAUUACUAGGGAGAUCAAAACGAUGCUCUACAUUGAUAGCUAGUUUACUGUAUUACACGAUGUAUUAGAUAUACCAGAAAUGUGUAGCUGUUCUUACUUACGUUUUUUUAUUUAUAAAAAAAACAACAUUUGGUUGAAAAAGCCAGGCGUUUUAAUCAACAAGAGAGUUUAGCUAACGUUAACCUUCUGUAAUUUACCAUGGAUCAAUAUAGUAUUUUGGGUAGAAUAGGAGAAGGAGCCCAUGGCAUUGUUUUCAAAGCAAAACAUAUCGAGACUGGAGAGACUGUGGCUCUGAAGAAAGUAGCUCUGAGAAAGUUGGAGGAUGGGAUCCCCAACCAAGCCCUCAGAGAGAUCAAGGCUUUACAGGAGAUUGAAGACAACCAAUAUGUGGUGAAGCUCAAGGACGUGUUUCCCCACGGUACAGGGUUCGUCUUGGUGUUUGAGUACAUGCUCUCUGACCUCUCUGAGGUCAUCAGGAACUCUCAGAGGCCUCUCACCGAGGCACAUGUCAAAGGUUACAUGAUGAUGCUGCUCAAAGGGGUUGCCUUCUGCCACGAGAACUCCAUCAUGCACAGAGAUCUGAAACCAGCCAACCUGCUCAUCAGCUCUACAGGUCAUCUGAAGAUAGCAGACUUUGGCCUGGCCAGACUUUUCAACAACGAUGGAGAGCACCUCUACAGCCAUCAGGUGGCCACCAGGUGGUAUCGAGCACCAGAACUGCUCUAUGGGGCAAGGAAAUACGACGAAGGUGUAGAUCUCUGGGCAGUGGGAUGGCACAGGCAGUGGAUUAUCUAA